GCUGACGAAGGAGCGCAGGCGAGCUACUUAGUCAGGAGGACGACCAGCGCUCGGAGAUUGGCUGCCUGCUGCGGCUGCUGUUUUUGUUUCUGCGCGGCCUGGGCGCAAGUCCAGCCUCUCCUCCCCUUUCGCUUUCCUUUAAGGGGGUUUCCUGCCGGGGCUUCUGCCUGCAUCGCCGGUCAAACUCAACUGCAGACUUAGGUGGCAGGUUACACCUACAGCACUGUUCACAUGAUCAAAUGCACAUAAUGGGAGCAGGCCUAAGCUGGAGCAGGACCGCAGUGAUCAUGUGUUCGGGCCUGCAAGAGAACUAUGAGGCUGCCAUGGUGCUGAGUGCCGUUGGAGACGCCUUGGGCUAUUACAAUGGAAAAUGGGAGUUCCAGCAAAGCGGUGAGAAGAUUCACAGCGAGUUGGCCAAAAUAGGCGGCAUGAACAAGCUCAACGUGGCAGGCUGGAGGGUCAGCGAUGACACCGUCAUGCACUUGGCUACUGCUGAAGCCUUGGCAGCAGCUGGGGAAAACCCAGACUUAACCCACUUGUAUAAACUCAUUGCAACAAACUACAGAGAUUGCAUGGAUGACAUGGAUGGACGAGCUCCAGGUAAUACCUGCAUGGCAAUGGCCUUGAAAUUGGAUCCAGACAAACCGGAUAGCUGGAUACCCAACUUCUGUGAAGCAGCAGGAGGGUGUGGUGCAGCCAUGCGGUCAAUGUGCAUUGGACUGAGGUUUCGUCACCCAGAAGAGCUGGAGAACUUGAUUGCAGUAAGCAUAGAGAGUGGUCGGAUGACUCACCACAAUCCUACUGGCUACCUUGGAUCCCUGGCUUCUGCUCUCUUCACUUCUUAUGCCAUAAAUCGCAAGCCACUCCAGGAGUGGGGGAAAGGGCUCAUGGAGGUGCUACCAAUGGCAAAAGUCCAUAUCCAGAAGGCAGGUUCCUUUGUGGAGAAAAACUUGCAGCGCUGGGACUACUUUGGAAACAAAUGGAAGAAGUACCUGGAAACUAGAGGCAUUUCAGAUGGGAAAUCUCCUCCAUCCUUCCCCGAAGAGUAUGGUGUGAAAGAGAGAGAUGAAUUCUACAAGUCCUUGAGUUACUCUGGCUGGGGAGGUGCAAGUGGGCAUGAUGCUCCCAUGAUUGCUUAUGACGCCAUCCUUGGUGCUGGGAACUGGGUUGAGUUGGCUCACAGGGGUUUCUUCCAUGGUGGGGACAGUGACUCCACUGCCGUUAUGGCUGCAUGCUGGUGGGGGGCAAUGCACGGCUUCAAAGGCAUCAACGCAAAUAACUAUAAGGAAAUUGAGUAUAGACACCGACUGGAGAAAGUAGCGAGGGAACUCUAUCACCUGAGCUUGACUGCAGAGCUGUGAAGUCUCACUUGCAUGUUAUAGGGCAAGACAUCCCCUGCAGAGAACAGGAAGUUGCUAACUAAUAGCCUCUGGUGCUGUUCAUCCUUGUCAAGCAUAUAGUGCAGUAAGUCAUGAGAUUUAAAUAUAGCAAAAAAUAAAAGGCCUACUCUUACGAGCUCUUACUUGAUGCAUUAACACUGAGUAUAAAGUCUGCUUGGAUGCAAAUUAUCAGCGAAAUACUAGUGUGGGCCAAUAAACUUGAGAAACCUAUGAGACAGUGGUGUAAAUGUGAGUGGCACAACACAGAAGUUAGGUAGUGGGGGUGGGGGAAUGUCACAGCAACGAGUUAUGGCCAUUAUUUUUGAAAUUUGUCACAAACAGAGAUAUUUGGGUGGCGUUUUUGCAGGUCUUUGACUUUGAGAGUUCUGUACCAGAGACAACUUUGCUGUCAAAUUCUAUACUUUGAGGGCUACAAACGUCUUUCCUUAGAUAUUAAUUGGGAGUGGAACAUUUUCAAGAUUGGGAAUCUAUGGGCACAUCUUUCCCCAGUAAUAUUGGUAUUAUUUUGUCCAGUUGUGUGCUAGACCCUACCAAAAAGUUGCCAUAGUUACGGUGUGCCUCUGUCUCUAAAGCUGGUAUAAAGCUUUUCAGUACGGGUUGAGGCAUCAAACUUCAAAGUGGAAACUGUGCCUUCUAAGUGAUGGGUCGAUAGAUCUCAUUAGCUAAGGCAGAGGUGGGGAACCUGUGGCCCUUCAAAUGUUGCUGGACUCCAGCUCCCAUCACCCUGGCCAUUGGCUGUGCUGGCUGAGGCUGAUGGUUUUUGGAGUCCAGUUACCUGUCUGUGGAAUCUUCUCCCGAGGGUUAGAUGCCUGGCCCCACUGCUGUCAGUUUUUAGGUGCAAGGCUAAGACAAUUAAAAAAAUUAAGUGUAUCAGACAUAGUUUGCAGUUUGCCUUUCAACUGCUUUUAUAUGCUUUUUAUUAAGUCACUUUGAGAAAUUUCUUUUCUGACCGUUCAUGUGAUAUGGAAGUUAAGAGUGUCAGAUUAGAUAA